CAUGCCCGGCGGAUAAGCACGCGGCGAGAACGAAACAGAAACAGGCGCCCGCGGCGCACAGCUUCUCAAGGGGAACCCUCGUGACCUCUGACCCGAGCACGCAAACUCCGGGGGUUGGCGACGCACGCCCCCUCCUCUUCCCUUCCUUUCCCUUCGCCAUGGCGGCGGGCGGGGAAACCUUGCCCGGGCUGGCGGCGGAGUUGAGGCGCUUUGCAUCGGAGCCGGCGAUUCUACCGGACGACGGGCUGGCGACGCUGAAGCGGGCUACGAGUCUCUUCCGGGAGGCGGCAGUAAGGGAAACAGCGACUGAAAGUUUGUUCCAAGAUCUCCUGCAGAUUUUGGAAAAAGUUUCCCGUGAAAUUGAAGUGGCACGCCAGGAUGCCAGUACACUGGCACAUCUAGAUUCACGGUUGCAACUGCUAUCAGAAUGUUUUCGAUGCCUUCGGAAUGCUUGUGCGCAGUGUGCAAACAGCCAAAAUGUUAUGAGGAGUCUGGGUCUGAUUGAUGCCUCUAUCCAUGUGAUUCAGUUGUUACAGAAAUUAGAAAGUGAUUUGGAAUCACACUUGAUAGCUUUUCGUUGUGGCCUCCAAUUUCUUGGAAAUAUUGCAACAGGGAACCGUGACUCCCAGAAUUCAAUAUGGAAACUUGCUUUCCCUUCUCUUUUCUUGAAUUGUUUAAAUCAUCAGGAUGAGAAAAUCAUUGAUUAUUGCUCUAUGGUUCUUUUCACGUGCCUUAAUCCGGAGCGAACCAAACAACUACAGGAACAAAACAACUUGAAAAUUGCCCUCCGUGUUCUUCGAGCUUCUAGAAGAUGCCCAGAAUUGGAAUGGAUGACCUUGAUUGUUACCAGCCAUUUGCUGAAGUGCCCCGAGUUGGUCAAAGACCUCUAUGCCAAAUUGAGCGAUCCAGAAAGGACUUUCUUGUUAGAACUAAUUCUGUCAGAAAUGAAGGGAAGCAGUGUCCUAAUCGGUGAAGAGAUGGCCACGUUUCUGGCAGCGUCUUUUGAAGAGAAGUGUCGGUCGGUGCUAAGACUGGUUUCCACCACAAAUGAUGACGAGGAAGCACUAGUUGCAAUUCGUCUUCUUGAUGUUCUUUGUGAAGCGACAUCAAAUCCUGGAGAACUGCAGCCUUUGCAAGCGUGUCCCGAUUUGCUUGAAGUAGCUAUCAGCCUUUUGAAACUUGUACAUCUUGCUGGGAAGCAGACCACAAAUAUCUUCACCAUCACUUAUUCCACCGAGCAGGAAGAAAUUUCCCAUCCAGCUGUGGGCUUUAAAUCACAUCUGAUUCGUCUGAUUGGAAAUUUAUGCUACAGGAAUAAGGGUAACCAAGACAAGGUGUAUGAGUUAAAUGGCAUCCCAUUGAUCCUGGAUAACUGCAGCAUUGAUGACAAUAAUCCUUUUAUAAACCAGUGGGCAGUUUACGCCAUUCAUAACCUGACAGAAGAAAACGAGAGGAACCAGGAAUUCAUUGCCCGGAUGGAACAGCAAGGCCCUGCGGAUAAUCCGGUCCUUGAGAGCCUGGGGCUGAAAAUCGAGUCGAAAGAUCAGAAGCUGACUUUAAAAUCUGUGAAACAGAUGCCAGAUCCAUAAGUUGCUACCUACAAAAGACUUUUCCCCCCCCAUAAAGGAAAUAUAUAUAUUUGUUCUAGAUGUGAGAUCAAUAAAACAUCAAAUGAACUUUUCA